GUACAUCAUAUGCACUCAGUUCAGGAAUACUUGUAUUUGUUUUUUUCGGACUUCUUCGAAUCAGUGUGCUCUUAUUCAUAAUUAAAGAUAUAAGUACUGUCAACCAUCGCAAUGCUUGAAUGUCAUUGGCCAUUAAUUUUUCUAUUGGUGUCUACAACUUAUUCCUAUCUUUUACAAUGUCCAGAUUUUUCUCAGAGACCGUUAAGGGCAAUGAGAUAUUGCACGAGCAGUUUAAGAUCAAGAUACACAUGUCUUUAUGAUACAAAUAAGUUAUCGUUUUCUGAGCAGUGUAACAGAAAUCCAGAUUUCGUUACCCCAGGUGAAAAAUAUGUUAUAACUGGUAAUCUGCGAAAUGUAGACUGUUCGUCAGAACGAUAUCAGCCUUUCCGGUUAUGGUCAAAUGUAAGUGGAGAGUGUUUGAAUCAAAAGUCGUUGUGUGAAGGAGAAGGCCAAGUUAUCGUCAAAAAUGGGUCGCUCAUUGGAGAUAGAACAUGUCGUUGCGAUUACACGAAAGGAUAUAAAUUCAUCAAACGACCAAAACAGAACUGUUCUUGUUCACCAUUACAGGAGGAUUGUUCAUGUUACAUCAGUAAAUGUCCUGGUGGUUCAGUUUUGACGUCAGAUUAUAAAUGUGUUGAGGAAAAACACCAUGUUGACUCGAAGUGUCCUCUUAUAGUUAUCGAAAGAGGUGGUUUACAGAUUACAGAAGUUAAAACGAAUGCGGAAAAUGGGAAACAGCUGCGGACCAGUUCGAUUGCAGCGAGCACAAUUAUUCUUCUGAUUCUAGCAUAUGCAGCGAUUGUGUUCUUCGUGUUGAUUACAGAACGUAAAUUAGGAAAGAAAAAAGGUAUAUCCCAUGAAGUUGAAAAUCUUGGAAAACCAUCGAUAGCAAAUAACGAAGAGGAGAACUCAAAAAAAAACUUAAAAUCCGUAACAUCAGUAGCCAAACUGAAAACAAAUGAUGAAACAAUUAUAUCAACACAUGCAGUGGAAACCACAGGAUUAGUAAGACAUGCAGAAAUCAAACAGGAAACUACAUCAGCCGAGGAGAACUUACAGAGUGAUCUAAAUGCACAGCUGGAAUCAAAGGAUGCAGCAUUGAAGAAAACCAAAUUAGAACAUAAAAAGGUCGUUGAAUUAAAAGAUGCUAAGAUUCUGGAACUUGAAAUGUUAUUGAAAGAAAGAAAUGAAUAUAUGAAAAAGAAAGAAAUAGAGGAUCAGGAGAAAGAAGCACAAAAUCGUGAAAUUAUCAGAAAACUUGAAAUGGAAAGACGAAAUUUGCAUAAUAAGAUUCAGGAUUUAAAUGGCAACAUAAGAGUAUUCUGUAGAGUUCGACCAUUACUUAAUCACGAAAAACAAGGAAAUAAUUGCACCAUAGAUCACAUAAAUUUUCCUGAUCAAAAGACAAUAGAGGUUGUCAAAACUGGGCAUGCGUCAGAGAGUAAAAACAAAUUGCAAAAAACGUUCAAUUUUGACAAAGUAUUCAGUAACAAAGCCACGCAAGAUCAUGUGUUUACAGAAAUUUCACAGUUAGUUCAGAGCGCACUGGAUGGUUUUAACGUUUGUAUCUUCGCUUACGGUCAGACAGGUUCUGGUAAGACUUAUACAAUGGAAGGUACUUAUGUAAAUGAUGAUGAUGAAAAUAGGGGAAUGAUCCCAAGAGCAGUUCUACAAAUUUUCAAUACAAUAAGAAAGCUAAAAAGUGAAGGUUGGAAAUAUAAUGUAGACGCCUCAUGCUUAGAGAUAUACGGAAAUGUAAUUAAUGACUUGCUUUGUGAUUACAAGGUUGGCCCUAAACCUGAAAUUAAAGAUAAUAAUAAUGAAGUUUAUGUUUCCGACUUAACAAUUAUACCAGUCACUGAAGAAACAGAGGUAUAUCUAUUGUUACAAAAAGCAUCUAAGAAAAGGAAAGUGGCAGAAACGAAGAGCAAUUUGAGGUCAUCCAGAAGUCACAGUGUAUUCACACUAAAAUUAACGGGAGAAAAUUCAAUUACCAAAGAAACCACUAAAAGUACCUUAAACCUGGUUGAUUUGGCUGGUAGUGAAAGACAAAAAACAUCUGGAACAGAAGGUCAACAAAUUCAGGAGGCUAUAGCUAUAAACCUAUCAUUAUCUACCCUAGGUAAAUUCAUCAGAGCUAUAAAGGAUAAAGACAAAUUUCUACCUUACAGGGAGUCUAAGUUGACUCUCUUGUUACAUAGAGCUAUAGGAGGAAAUAGUAAAACUCUCAUGUUCGUCAACGUUUCUCCUAAGAUAGAUUGUGUUGAGGAAACUAUUAACUCUCUAAAGUUUGCCACAGAGGCGAACCAGUGUAAAAAGGGAAUUGCACAACAGAACAAAUGAUAUUAAGAAUGUAUUCCUGUUGUGAUGAUGCCAAUGUUGACUGCAUACGUGUCUGUUGUAUUGUUGUAUCCAUUUUUGUCUUGCUAUUGUUGGAUUGAGCACAAUUAAUUAUUUGUAUUGAUAUCUUGGACAUAUUAUAUUGUAGUAAAACAUAUAAAGAUGAACAACUUGCAUUGUCAGAUUAAUCUUACAGUAUUUGUACCAAUAAACUGAUUUUCGGAUCAUGGUCUGUUCAUAUUCA